AUGCAGAAGGCCCUGACUAGUCGGGCAAAUGCCGCGGUACCCCUUACCUGGUCCCGCGAUGCCCACCAGCAGCCCCGGCCAGCCCCGCUCUGCCGCGCGGGUUUUGGCGGCUUCGGCAAGUCAGGCGGCGCCAAGGGCGCCAAGCCGCAGCAAGCGCUGGACGCACAGCAGCCCAAGGCUUUGGACGACAAGGCUUGCCCCUGCGGCUCUGGACAGCAGUACAAGGAGUGCUGCCAGCGGCUGCACAAGGGCGCGCUGCGGCCGGCGGCGGUGACCCCAGAGAUGAUGCUGCGGGCGCGCUACUCGGCCAUGGCCCUUAAGAACGCCUGGUUCUUGAAAGACAGCAGCCACCCGGACAACCCUGCACUAAAGGGCAGCGACACAGACCCCUCCACAGGCGUCAAAAAGCACUGCACCUAUGAGGAGGACAUGGCGGUUACGCUCAGGAGCAUCAAGCUCAAGGGGCUGGAGAUCCUGGGGGCGUCACCCGUUGGGGACGCCAGCGCAGCUGAUGACGUCAUCGGCCCCGCGACCGUUGAUUACGCGUUUACCUACAAGCGGAAAAUUGACGACAAGGGGGCCAAGCUGAGGAUCGAGCAGCAGCAGCCGGUGGUGCGGUCGGUGCAGCGCGCAACGUUCCUGCGGAACGAGGGGCAGCGGUGGCUGCUGCUGGACAGCGUAGACCUGCCGCAGCAGCAGCAGCAGCAGCAGCAGCAGCAGCAGCAGCAGCAACUGGAAGGCAGCGGAGUGUAG